AUGAACUGCCACCGGAGCGUUGUCGUUCACAGCAUCCCGCAUUCGCAGCUCUUUGCAGCGAGACGGUGUUCGUGCGCGUGGCUGCUGUCGGUGGUUAUGUGGUUUCUAGCACUGAUCGUCCCCUUCAUCGUGGCCUUCUGCUACGAUGGAUGGUGGUUUGAGAAGGUGAAGCAAACCACGUUGGUCGCGGAGCAGCCGCGAAUCUUGUCUGUGGAGCCCAUGUUCGCGUCUGUGGCGCUGCAGCCCGACGCAGGCCGCUCCGCUGUCAACUCGGUGAAGCGGGAGAGGCCACCGGCUGAGCCGAGCCGUCUCGUGUGGGCGCGAAACCGCCAUCCAAAGCUGCUGCAUGGAUCCGGAGGCGACAAGGGACCCCUGGCGGGAGAUUCAACUAAACUCAAGUCGCCUAACGUGGCUGUAAGUCCACGUUUGGCGCUGCGCACCUUGUGCUUCGUGAAGCCUGUUCUCAUCGCCAGCCUGGCUGUGUGUGAGGCUGACGUCUCUGAAGCUGAAUUAUGUCUCCGGAUCGCCAAGCUGCUGUCCCUCGGCCAUGAGACAAGCACGGUUUCGCUGCGAGGUGGCGUGGGCUACGCAGUCGACGUCAGCCUGUCGUGGGGGCUGGAAGCAGUUUUCUCACCGAAGGGCGUCUUCCACAGCGAGCCGCGACGCACCCGCGGCGAGUCUGCAGGAGUCAUCCACUGCGAGAUCGGCCUCGAAGUCAAUUACGAACUGCAGUCGCGGCCAGGGCAACGGUUCCGCAGCGUUGCCGUCGUUUCUGAGGGAUCCCACGCUCCCGUCGCAGGAAUGGAGUUGGAAGGAACUCUGGUGCUGCAGCAGCACACGCUGUUCGACGCGGGCAUCGCCAGCCGGCAGGCGCACCUCUCACAUAAGACUCCUGGCCGCGAACCGACAAAUCCCAGACUGGCUGCGCAACAACUCAAUCUUUUCGCCUCGACGACGAGCGUCCACUGGACCUACGGGCCGCUAUCGGCAGAUAAUAAACAAUUUGAGGCAUCCAUCACUCUGAAAGUCCCGACUCAGGCAGUCGCAAGCGAACCCACUUUUUUCGAGGUCGGCGUGCGCGCCUGGGUUCGAUACUUUGUCGUCGCCUUUCCUUGCGUCAAAAUCAUGAGAUUCCUCAAAGGUUUUCUCUUCGCAGGGAGAUACGUGACAACCUAUAGCAUCAGCACAGUUCCUGGCAAAGAGCUAUACGCGUGA